CUUUCGCCCUCCGGCGCAGACGCAGUGCUGGCCCCGGCCCGCAUGCGCAGUUGUUUCUGAGCCGCGGCAGCAUGGACGACGAGGAGGAGACGUACCGGCUGUGGAAGAUCCGCAAGACGAUCAUGCAGCUUUGCCAUGACCGUGGCUACCUGGUGACCCAAGAUGAGCUGGACCAGACACUCGAGGAGUUCAAGGCACAGUUUGGGGACAAACCUAGCGAAGGGAGACCGAGGCGCACAGACCUCACCGUGCUGGUGGCCCACAAUGAUGACCCCACAGACCAGAUGUUUGUGUUCUUCCCAGAGGAGCCCAAGGUGGGCAUCAAGACCAUCAAGGUGUACUGCCAGCGCAUGCAGGAGGAGAACAUCACGAGGGCGCUGAUCGUGGUACAGCAGGGCAUGACGCCCUCCGCCAAGCAGUCCCUGGUGGACAUGGCCCCUAAGUAUGUACUGGAGCAGUUCCUACAGCAAGAGCUGCUCAUCAACAUCACGGAGCACGAGCUGGUCCCUGAGCAUGUGGUCAUGACCAAGGAGGAGGUGACGGAACUGCUGGCCCGAUACAAGCUUCGGGAGAGCCAGCUGCCCAGGAUCCAGGCCGGGGACCCAGUAGCACGCUACUUUGGGAUCAAGCGAGGACAGGUCGUGAAGAUCAUCCGACCCAGUGAGACCGCUGGCCGCUACAUCACCUACCGCCUGGUCCAGUAGGCAGUGCAGCACUCUGGAGACUGAGGCAGGAGGAUUGCUGCAACUUCAAGGCAAGUUUGUGGACUCUUUAGCAAGAACUGGUCCAGCGCCAGUGUUCUGGUAUGAGAUCCUUGUCUGAAAAACAAUAAACAGGAAGCCCCACA